AUCUGUUUUAAAGUCAUCAGUUUAGUGUGCCAAGUAGUUUCAGCUUUUUACAUUUUCCAGUCAGUGUCUCCACCAGCGGUUUCUGUUUUGAAGAUGAAGAUUGUUCUUGUGGGGGUUAUAUUUGGACUUUUCACCGUCGUCCGGACAACACCUAUUAACACUGUGACCCAGAUUCCCACCAAAGCAGAGGACGAAGUUCUCCGAGAGGCAGUGACGGAUGGGUUCCUCGUUGAUCACUUUUUUCCCUCUACCCUCUCAACUAAAUCACCCGAAAGCAACACAAGCAAAUCACCAGUCCAGCAACCCACCUCUUCUGCCCCCGAAAAGGUUGAUAUAGAUGAGGGCAGUGGGGAGUCCACAACCUCUGUGCUCAUCCAGCAUGGAGCUGAUCACAGUGCAACCACAACUUGGAGUGAUUCACCUGUUCAAAGCUCUUCCACAGUUUCCACAAAGGAGUCCACAUACUCCAGUUCAAAUCCACCUACUAAUCAAAGCCCUCAGUCAAGCUUUACCUCCUCAUCAGUGCCAAAUGAAGCCCAUUCAAGUGUCACUCCAGGCCACAUCUUAGUCUCCCAAACUACUGAUCCUGCCGUCCCCAGCUUUAAUUUUCUGAGCACUCAGUCUUCAGAUUCUGGGUCUGGAGAUGGAGAAGAUACUGCUCCAAUAUCCAGUGUGACCUCUAUCUCCAGCACAGAAACCAGCACUGCAUCAUCAACCUCCGUGGUUGCUAAAGUCCAUCCACGGCUUUUUGGAGAUCAUGAAGGAUCAGGGUCAGGAACGACAGCAGAAACUAGCACUGCAUCAUCAUCCUUCACAACUGCUCCACGGCUGUUUUCUGAGCCUGAAGGAUCAGGAUCAAGCACAACAGUGGAGUUAACCUCUGUGAAAAAAGUAUUUGUGGAACCACGUAUUAACCAAUUUACACCAGAAGUAGGUCUUAAACUACAAGAAGUGAAAGAACAUGUCACCAUUGCAUCACCACGACACGGCGGAAGCACACCAAGUUGGAUCAUAAUCCUUGGUUUUAUUGUUGGUGUGGCAGCACUCGUCUUGCUCUGUGUCGCCAUCGCUACCAGAGACAGGUGGAAUGGACCAAACCAGGUAUCCCAGGCAGAGAACAAAAGUGACUUCUUAAACCAGCAGAGGGAGCUAGAGAUGGAAACAUUCCUGCACAAAGAAGAGCCCAGGGAGAAUGGAAAGGCAGCAGAGUACACAGUCAUCCCUCUGGAUGAGCUUCCAGAAAGUAGUUUGUCACACUGACAUUCAAAGUCAGAUCCUGUGGAGGUUUGAGACUCAUCACAGAUCCACAAGACUGUUUGUAGCAGUUUAAUUCAAUCAAAAGAACAUAAACUGCCAGGGCUGUUGAGCAAAAAUGCUUAUGUGGACUUUCGCAGCUCUGAGCCAAUCCUGACCAAGACUUAAGAGCUGUUUAUUUUUCUGCUGACAUUUAACAGCUCUCACCACACCUUUACUUUGAAGCACUACCUUUGUUUGAUGUAUUUAUUUCCAUAACAACUCUGUCAUUAACUAUACAAAAUAAACUUUCGGUAUUAGAAAAUUGUCAUUUAUUUCAAAAUUGAAAAGUUUUCACAGUGUUUUAUUUCCAUAUUAUAUUUGUCAAUGUAAAUAAUUGUUAGUAAUCGAUGAUUUUAAAGUCUUGUAAAAGAAACUUUUUUUCUGCCAAGUCUGUCUUUGUUUCAGUGCCAUUGUUGUAAUACAACUUACUAUAUUACUGAAGACUGUUGUGGAGUGUAACUUAUAUUAAGCCGCUCUUUUCCUCACAUUCAUUACGUAGGCUACUCAGCCCACUAACUCAUUUGCUUCUGUUAACAAGUUAUGCAUCAUUUCAGCUGCUGCAACAUGUUGAAUAUUAAUAAUUGGUAUAUGUUCAUAUGUUGUAUCACAUUCACCACUUGUCCAAGAAAUAAACACAACGGCAGCUCAUCAAUGAAUA